AUGUUUUAUUAUUUUCUAGGACCAAUUGUGGAAAGAAUCCGCGCGAAUCAGCCAUGGAUUGAACUGAAGGAUCCAACCAUUUGAUCUUCCAAUUGAGUGCGCCAUGGAGUGGAAACCCCGUUGCAUUUCCCACUCUUCCCCCCUUCCUCGAUGAUUACAAGCGAUUGAUCAUCUGCAAAGAUUUUCAAUCAAUCGAAAUGGCGUUCGAAAUCCCUUGGGCUUUCUUAUGGAGAACUUUACUGGUGUUGUUCCUCGCCGCCGCCGCCGGAAUCGCUUGCUUCACUCUCCCCGUUCAAAAGUUGCUUAAGGGAUUCUUAGCAUGGAUUGAUGAAGAUCUUGGACCUUGGGGUCCUCUAGUGCUGACUGUGGGGUACAUUCCUUUGACAAUAUUAGCAGUCCCUGCUUCGGUUCUUUCGCUCGGUGGUGGCUAUCUGUUUGGAUUGCUUUUAGGUUUUAUUUCCGACUCUGUUGGGGCUACAUUGGGUGCCGGGGCUGCGUUUCUUCUCGGAAGAACUCUUGGGAGGCCGUUUGUUAUGUCCAGAUUAAAGGACUGCCCAAAUUUCAAUGCAAUAACCGUGGCAAUUGAGAGAUCGGGAUUUAAGAUUAUGUUGUUGCUAAGGCUCGCACCUUUAGUUCCGUUUAACGUACUGAAUUACUUCUUAUCCGUGACUCCUGUCCCAUUUGCUGAUUACUUACUGGCUUCGUGGUUGGGCAUGAUUCCAAUAACCGUCGCUUUGGUGUAUGUCGGGACAACCUUGAAGGAUAUCUCGGAUGUAACACAUGAAUAUACCGAAUUUUCACUAUCCCGUCUGACGUACUUUGUGUUGGGCAUUUUGGUGUCCGUCGUCUUGAUGAUUUGUGUCACACAAAUUGCUAAGAACACUUUGGAGAAAGUUUUGGCCGAAAAUCCACAAGAAAACGAGGAUCCAUCGCCGAUAGAAGACCCCGAAUCACACAAUGGCGUGGACUCGCCUGCGAAUCUCCAACAGCCACUUAUAGUACACGUCGAGUCUCCCGUCGGGUAAAUUUGAUCGGUAAGUUUUGCGAAUAGAUGCUUCCCUUCGGGUAAAUUUGAUCGUUUGAUCGAUAAGUUUCGCAAAUAGAUGCUUAUUCGAUGUAUAGAAGGAACCUAUUUCGACAAAUUCGUAACACGAUAAUUUGAUGUUACUUAUCAGAGUUAUCUAUACAAUUUUUUGAAUCGAUU